AUGUUCCAAACAUCGCAUUAUGUUUUUGUCACUCUAUUUCUUGAAGUUUUCUGUAAGCAGAGAAGUGUUUCUUACUCUGUAGUGGACAUCGAGGUGACUUUUUACCCUUUUACGGUGUCUUAUCCAAAUUUUAGUAUUUUGCAAUGUGGAACGGUGUGCACAGAAGAUAGCUAUUGCACAGAGUUUCUUUUCAACAAAACAAACAAACAGUGCAACGCAGUCCAUUGCGUAAACAAGCCAGGCUACUCGUAUCAGUUUUUGAGUCCGAAAAAUGACCAAAUACUCCGUUUCCGGAAAGAUUUAAACUGGAUGUACAUGGGACAUUAUUAUUAUCCCGUAGAAAAAACUGCCACUUGGGAAGAAGCCAAGUUGGAGUGUCAGAAGCUGUGCUCUUACCUUGUGGAGAUCAACAGUAAAGAGGAAUCCGAUUGGCUGGCUGCCUCAUUUCUCAUGAAAGACAGUUGUGACAGCAACGUUUACCUUAGUUGCACCGCAUGGACAGGAGGUAACGACAGAAGCACAGAGGGAGAAUAUCUAUGGGACCAUACAAACACGCUAGUAAGCUUUACUAACUGGUACCCCGAAGAACCGAACGGACGAGAUAGUGAAAACUGCAUUCAUUUAGAAAAAGAUGGGAAUUGGAAUGACCAAUCGUGUGAUAUACCGCUUUCUUACAUUUGUGAAAAAAAUUAUUAAUUCACGGUUUUCAGUUUCGGUUAGAAACAUAAGUCUAAAUUUGUUUCUGUCGAGGAAGAAAACUCUUGCAUGAGAGAGGACCACCCACGAAUAUCACGAAAAUGGAGUUAACUUACAUUAAAGAAUCCACAAUAUGUCAAUUAAACAUUUAAAAUAAUUGUAUAAUAUUACAGGUUUUUAUAUAACGUAUUU